UCAACGAGACUGUAAUUACGCAUCGCGCAAAACGCGAAGUGGACGCACUGCACCAUGCGCAAAAAAGAAAAAAAAAACAUCCCGUUAGUUACAUUCCGUGAACCAGAUGUAUUAUCUCAUACAAGGGGCAUUGACUUUUCACUGCACUAUGAUCACGGAAUAAAAAAAAUAACUGUCCACUGUUAUUGAUGAAGCUGUGGAAAACAGAUUGAUAUAGACUUGAACCCGGGAAGUGACCAACAUCUUUCUGCAUUUUAUUACAGUGGUUCCUUCUUUCCUGAUGUUCAACAUUCUGAAUCCAGCAGAGUGAAUUCCUAUGACUUAAUCAGAUGUGAAAAGUGAUGUGCUGAUAUGCCGUUAUUUGAACAUUGAGUUGUUUCAGCUUAUAAGCAUGUGGGUAUAUUAACAUAAUUCCAAGAGCCAUUGAUUGACAACACCUACUGCAAGGAAUUUUGACAGAAGAACUGAAAAACAAAUGAGUGCCAACACAUCAAGUGGAUAAAGGGAGGCUGUGGAAUGACCAAAGCCAGAUUUAACAUCUCCAUGUUGAAGUAUUUUGAUAGAAAUGUAUUCAUGGGCCGUCCACGCUUGCGACAUGUUCUCAUCAUUUUUUUAGUCCUUUUCCUGCUCUUGUCCAUUCUCUGGGUUGAUGUCAUUGAGACAUGGUGGAUGGGCCUAUACUGGCGUUACAAACCUCCAGAGCUGUGUACACAGAAGGAAGAUGAUUUAGAAUCUUUAAGGAGAGAACAGACCUUACUUAAGUCGCAAUCAGAGAACUUCUUCACCAUCACAAAUGAGAGGCUGUGCACGGCUUCCAGCCCAUUUCUCCUGACAUUCAUUAUAAGUGCUCCCAGGAAUUUUGCUCUACGUGCACUCAUUCGCAAUACGUGGGCCAGUCGUACCUCCAUAGGUGGAAGACGAGUGCUAAGUCUGUUUGCCCUUGGAAUUUCAACGCAAAAUGAUGACCAGAGACUUAUUCAGAAGGAGUCAAAAAAGUUCCAGGAUCUUAUUCAAGGCAACUUCCUAGACACCUAUGCUAAUUUGACUUUGAAGACCAUAUCAAUCCUUCGCUGGACUGCUGCCUUCUGCCCAGAGGCACAAUAUAUAAUGAAGGUGGAUGAUGACGUUCUGCUUAAAUAUGAUGUACUCAUACCCUACUUGGUAAAAUCUGCUCAAUCUGGUCCUGCCAAUGGAGAGCAAGAUUUAUACAUGGGCUACUUGCAAAGAAGAAUUACUCCCAUCAGGGACCCAGACAGUAAAUAUUUUCUGCCCAAGAAAGCAUAUCCUAAUGAAAGUUAUCCUGAUUAUUGUAGUGGGACCGCUUAUGUUCUGUCACGCAGCGCAGCUCGCAAGAUCUAUGAAGUUACAUUUAGGACGCCAUGGUUUAUUUUUGAGGAUGUGUAUGUAGGAAUGUGUGCCCAGAAAGCUGGCGUAAUCCCAACCCACUGCAGCUUGUUCUCAGGAGGACUACGUAUCCCAUAUAGUCGUUGCUGCUUUCGAGCACUAAUCGCAGCACAUCACAUUAGUCCAGCUGAGCUUUCACUAUACUGGCAGGAUAUUACAAAUGGACCAGAAUGCUCAUGGAUAAGCACACAUGUAGCUUUUGGUAUUUGCAAAUUUAAAACACUUCUAAACACUGUUUUGUCUUGAUCACUUAAUUAUAACUAGAGCUGCAAAUUUUACCUUCACUUUCAGCAACCACCCAGUGUGGUACAGUCUUAAUGUGGUGCUGUGAUCUGCCAAUUUUGUGAUCUUACUGUCAAAUAUUCAAAUAAUUGAAUACAACAGCAAUCUAUCUAUAUAUUGUAUAAGUCAUGGACUGAGCCAUCGAUACAACGGAUCUCGUCAUCGGUGUGUAGUUUUGUGGGAGUGUACACACCACACCACCAAUAAUAUACAGUACCUUCACUUCGAGUGGAUUAUAGUGAGAGAUGCUUGUGCAACAAUCUCUCUUUUUGCACACAAACCAAUGUCCACAGGCACGAAGAUCGUGAUGUGUGGUCUAAUAAGUGUGCCCGCAGCAGGCUGACCAAAACUGCAGCCGAGCUGACAUGCCGAAUCGCCCCUCUGACCAUGUAUUCUGUCAAAGCUGCCUGCAUUUACUUCACCGUUGCCUGUGUUAGCCGCCAUUUUCAGGGUUCUCUUUGAGCUUGUCCACCUCAUGUAAUGCCUUAAGUAGUACUUCAGACAAGGCCUUCUCCACUGAUGGCAUAGCCUCAAAGAGCUAUCUCCUACUUGACGUUACACCUCCACACCACUGUGAGGUACAGGUUGGGUUUUUGUGGAAGACUGUAUAAGUAUGUAUUGUAUAUUUACAUAUUUGUAUGUUUGUUCCAGCAUCAGGCAAGAACAGCUGCACAGAUAUUCAUAAAAUGUGGAGUUUCACUCAGGGAUAGCUCAGCUGAGAAUACCAGCUAUAUGGUGUUUUGAUGCCUCUCCGGCAGUAGUAUGAGUGUCACGAAAUGUCACCCUGUAAUCUACUGACAGAUGAACAGCACUGGACAAAUUAUGAUGGUGAUAUGCUACUUGAGUGCUUGCUUUCAAACUACUUGAGUGGGGUCUGAUUGUUCCCUUUGUCACUUAAAUCAUUUCUAUAGUCAAAGAUUUCCCCUCCCUGUUCCGUGAUAGCCCCAUUCUGCCCAAAAUAGUGCCAAGCUCCAAAAUUUGAGGUCCAAAACAAUCUUUUUAUAAGAGCAGUAGUGCAACAUGUUGUUUUGUCUUGCUGAAUCUGAAGCAGUCUUAACCCCUCAGUUGAGUCAAAUCUCAUAACAAAUUAGGUUCCCUGAUUAUAUUUAGUCCAAAAAUAAUCAACUUUUCCCAUUUUAAAUUUACCAUGAAGGCUUCAAGUAAUAUAUAAUCAGUAGGCAUAACUGAAUAUCCUUUCUUUCUCUUUAAAGUCUCCAUAUAUGUGUAAAUGUUAAUUUAGUUUACAACAGUUUAUCAUAUCCAGCCGGGCUGACCUUUCUUCUCACAGGCUACAUCUAAACGCUAUAUUUAAAACUAGAGAAAGUAAUUAAGGUCCGGUGUUGAAAGUUCAAAGUAUUUACAUCUUCAUAAAUAAAUAUCUCUGCACGUAUUUUCUCAAUAAAAAAAAAAACAAGAUGACAAAAAUUGUUGAGCAUGACCAAAAUAUUGCCCUUCUUGAAAGUGAGGUGUUGCAAAAAAAAUGUGAAUACUUGCACUUCAAGCUUUUUUGGCCCUGACUUCAAAGCACAUGAUUGAAGAAAUACUUGAGGCAAAUAAAUUGACAUGUCAGCGUGUUGCAUCUUGAAAAAUCAAGUAGCAUAUAGACAAGUCCAAGCCUAACAUACAGAAAAACUAAGCAAUUAUAUGCAUAGAUUAACAUAUAUGUCCAAAAUUUCAAAGAAUACCCGAGCAAUGGGGGGCUACAAAGCUAAUACAAAUAUACAUAUGUAUCUUUGUUACAAUCAUACAUAUAUUCACAUGAUAAAGUACUGAAAAUGUUGACUCUUUCAACAUGUAUGUACAGGCAAACAGUGUCUACAGAUAAAGGUGAAAAAAUAUACUUGAAUAAAAACACAAGAAAGAAAUUGCCCUUUCAAUCUUUAAUUCAACAAAAAUAUCGAAAUAUCUU